ACACACAUGCACGCACUAGCCUAGUCCUCCAGCAUUAGUGACUGCAUGCGAGUGUGGGACAGACUCUACCCUCCCACGGCCGCUCUGCGCCAACAAGAAGGAGUUUAUUCAACGUCCCGUUGCUGAUUCCUGUUUGUUUGUCACCAGCCGCGUAUCUACUCACGUCUUAGGAAUGCCAUGGCAACUCAGAACAACCAGGAUUACUUCAGGUCGGUCAGCAGCGAGUCCACCACAUACAUGAUGGUUCCGGCGAACGGACGCGGUCGAGAAUCGCCGUCAAAGUUAUGGAUCGCGAUGGUGGUGAUUGUGGUGGUCGUGCUGCAGAUCGCUUCGACCACCGGACUCUUUGUCUACUUAAACAUGUCUUUAUCGCAGGUUAAAAAUCAGGGGGUCACAGAAGAACUGCGGUGCUUGGGCUUGCUCAACGCCCUGGAUAAAGACCGGGACAUUCCUGAGGACCUGGCCCAACUGUUUGGAGAGCCUUGCAUCAAACUAGCUGAGGGUAUCAAAGCCUACAUAUCCAAGGUUACAGACAGUAUCAUCUCCAAACAGGCUUUACAUGAAGCAAGAGCCAUGCCUCAUGGCUCUUACAAUACAACAGGGUCAAAGUUUAUAACCACAGUGACACAACGCCCAUCAGCCCACCUGACCCUUAGCAGCCUACCGGGUGGCACUCAAUACUUCGCCCCUCAAGCAGACCUGCACCAGUCCUGCCGCCACCCUGUACGUUCCUGGGCCAACCAGAGCUUCGGCGCCCAUCUGCACAACAUGACGCUGACCAACGGACGCCUUCGCGUACCCCAGGACGGCCGCUACUACCUGUACUCCCAGGUGUACUUCCGCUACCCCUCUCCUAGCGAGGGCGACCAAAACAGCGUGAGCCACCAGCUGGUUCAGUGCAUCUAUAAGAAAACCUCCUACCUGAGGCCGAUUCAGCUCCUGAAGGGAGUGGGGACCAAAUGCUGGGCUCCGGAUGCAGAAUACGCCCUCCACUCGGUGUACCAGGGCGGCCUGUUUGAGCUGCGGGCAGGCGACGAGGUCUUCGUAUCCGUCUCAUCUCCAACAAUGGUAUAUGGUGAGGACUCCUCUAGCUACUUCGGAGCUUUCCGUCUGGACCUGUAAGAGAAGCCAAACCGGGACUACGUUAGCAAUCGGGUGGAUCGUUUUGGGGCUGUGACCCAAAGAGAAAAGACUUCAUCGUUCAACUUUCCUUUCUUUAAGACUUUGAAUAUGUGAAGGAUGUGUGAAUGAGAGACAAGGUUAUUUCUUUUAAAGACAGAGGAAUGUAUGUAUAUUUCUACAAGUCACAUCAAAGAUGUGAAUCUUUGAAACGGUAGCAAAACAGGAGAGACGAAAAACUCACACGAAGUGAAUCUGUGCCAAUGGUGAUUAGGGUUUGAUGUGUGGACUCGCUGUCGUCCGCUGGAGGGGAAUAUUUGUGUGUACGGCGGAUCCGAAAGAGUUUUAAAAACACAGAUAUGAUGACAGCGGGAAUGUGCUGGAAAGAAAGAUGAGAGGGGAAGUAUGCAGCUCUACCAGCCUCAAAUGAGCAUCCUGGCAGGUUGCAGGACUGCGGAAUUCUCCCCGUCCUGUCGGACCAGCGGAGCAACAUGCCCGGACAAGAAAAGGAGCUAAAAAAGUUCACACAUGCACAAACACAGAGGAAUUCAGCUUGUUGCAUAAAUCGCAUUUAAGAACACCCAUUCUUGAGUAUUUAUGGCUUCCAUGCAUUCAAAACACAGCGAUAAGAUAAAACGCACAUGCGUUUUGUCUCAGAUACAAAUCAUUUUUACAAGUCUCCCUCUGCUGUCUGGUCCAGGGUGCAGGAGGAAGUACCGUCAGGGAGGGACGCACAGAGACACGUACUUCCCAGCUCACAUUGUGACGGCCAUACGAAAGGUAAAAUAAACACUACGCUACACGGUUUGUUGAAAAGUCGCAGCCAUAUAAUGCUUUGUGCUUUCUGCUAGUGCUGCACACACUCCAAGUGCCUUGAAAAAGUGGCACUAGUUGUACAUCCAUCUCUUUCUUUUUGUGCUUGGUUGGUUCAACCUGUGUAUAUUACUGUAUUUAAUUAGAAUCAUGAGGUUUGGAAAUGAAUGUACAAGCUCUACCAUGAAAAUCCCACAAAAUGAGCCUCCCGCUGUAAACGUAAACGCCGUGAUGUUCUCCAAAUGAAGCACCGCUGUGAAUCUCAAUACGAGGCUGUUUUUUUCUGAGGGCAAAGCGUUUGAAGGAGGAAUAAAUGAUCAAGUGCUGUCACAACGGUGUUUCUGAGAGCAGUCGCAAACACUCGCGUUUCAUUGUAAACCACAAGCACGUUUUCUUCUCUCUGGACUCUGCCCCGGUUUUUACUGAUAAAGUCAGUGAGCUAAAGCGCCCCUGCCAAGACAGUGCCUUAAAUCACAUUAUACAGCGAGAGCGAGCGAGCCAAGACUCUGUGGCAUUUAGCUUCGGACAUAAUGUUAGUUAUACCACACAUUACAAAACAUCCCGUCUGACUCUUAUCUGCAAUUUGUCUGGAUUAAGAAACUUGGAUGUUGAUGUAAUCCAGAGGGGAGAAUGAGUUAUUCUUCAGCAGGUUCACAGUUCAUAUAACGUGCCGCAAUGCCGUAAUUUCUCCAUACAAGGUGCUUUUUUAUAUCUAAGGGAAUGUGAUGUCAGAUACCACUAGGUUUUAUAUGUGAAAGUGCCUUUGGGUUGUCGUUAUGCACUGAUCUGAGAACACCCUCAGUCUGAACGCUAACUUCUAUCAUGUUAAGGGAGGUUCAAAGUAUGUUUUAGAUCAGUGUUGAAGUCAUACAUGACCUCAUCAAUUACACAUCAUUAACCGCAUCAUUUCGCAGCCCAGUGAGAACCUCUACAUCGUCUGCUUAGCGAAAACAUCACUCAAGUCGUUCCUUGAGUUUCUUUUUUUCUGUGGAACACAAAGAGCUUUUUUGAAAAAUCUUUCAGUGAAAGUCAGUGGGUUCCAAAACAACAACGGACUCGAUGGAAACAUUCUCCAGAAGAAAGAAAUUUUCAUUUUGGGGUUAACUUUUCCCGAAGGACUUUGGAUAAUCCUACCAAUUCGCGCUGACCGAGCUCAUUAUCCCCGUCAAUCUGCUCUGGACCCGUCCAGGCUCUUGUGUGAGUGUGCACAUGUGCAUACAAGUUGAAAUAUGCACCUAUCUGUACAACAUGGAGGUCGUUGUGGGGUGAGGGGUGGCCAGGAAAGAGAAAUAUAGCUGAAUUCCUUGCCCUCUGAACCACAAAGAACCACAAUGUGAACACAGAAGACAAAUGUAUGUUAGGUGUGUAUAUAGGCGAGUGUGUGUUUUUUAAUUUUUAAUGCUUGACUGGUUUCUAAAACAGUGGACUCGAUGGUUACUUUAAAUCUCACUGAGCUUUGCGGAGACUUUACGGGACUGCUGUGAAAAACUGGAGCGGGGCAGAACAGUGAAAUCCAGUGAGCAACAUGAACUGUCAGUUGAAACAAAAAGACUAUUGUGUUUCCUUUUCCAGUAAGAGUUUUUUUUUUUUUCUUUGGGAUUGUUAAAUUCUCUGACCACCAAUCUGUGGGACUGUUUUCCAUUUAAAGAAAGAUGGUAUGCACUGUUUACCAAUGUUGUGUCUCCAUUUUGGUAAGAAUGUACUGAUAUCUCUCACGCUCUCCCUUUUUAUUGUAUAAUUUUACAAUGUCUGACCUGUGUCCUUAAAGCAUAAGUCUGAGGUGUCGUUUUCAAUUAAAGUGCCUUUUUAUGAA